AUGAUUCGACAUGGCAAAAGUUCUGUUCCGAGUAAACAAUGGCAUUCAGCACCAAUUACAUUAAAGAAUUUUUCAUUAACUGAUGUGAAUAUUUAUGCGUGUCAAACAUUGGAUCGAUAUCAUUUAAAUAAAUUGAAUAUAUCAUUUGAUCAAAAUUCAAUUGUCAAUCUUAAUAAUCAAGAAAAAGAUAUUGAACAAUGGACUGUCGAUAAAGAUACAGCUUUUCAAAUCGGAUGGGAUCUCAAUAUUGUACCACAAACAAAACAAAUCUUAAUUCAACAAACUCUUUAUAAUUAUUCACAAUACAAUGAAGUCCAAGUUGAUUCAUUUCAUUUUGAUAUAAAUACAAAAAAAGAACGUCUUUUAUAUUAUCCAAUUUAUGUCAUUGAUUAUGAAUAUGGUUCAACAAAUUUUACAUGUUUAGUUGAUGGAGUUACUGGUCGUGUUGAAGGUGAUCGACAAUAUUCAAUGGCAAAAGUAACAUUAGCAACUUUAGUUGGAUUUUAUCCAUUAGCAUUAGCAUCAAUUGUUACACUUGGAUCGAUGAUUGAUCCAUCAAUUGGUAUUGCACUUGCUUCACUUCUUUCUUUUAAAACAUCUAUUCCAAUUGCUUGUAUUCUCGCACCUCUCGUUGGUCUUUAUGCCAAAAACUUUCCGAAAAUUUAUCGGCAACGAGUCAGUCAACAACAAUGGCAAAAUUAUACAUCGAAUGCUCCACAAUUUACGUAUGAUUUUACAACACCUUUCCAACAACAAUAUCGAUCAUAUCAACAACAACAACAACAGAAACAACAACAGUAUCAAUCAUAUGGACAGCAGCAACAAUCUCGACAACAACAACAACAACAACGUACGAAAGAAUCAAGUACAAAAGCAAAAGAAGAAGUACCAUUAGAUUUGUACAAUCUGUUAGCCAUUAGUCGAACUGCAACUGACAAAGAAAUCAAACGUGCUUAUCUAUUGAAAGCAAAAGAACUUCAUCCUGAUCGAAAUCCUGGUGAUAAAAAGGCGGAAGAAAUGUUCAAAAAAGUGAAUCAGGCUUAUGCGAUUUUAUCAGAUAAAUUCAAACGAGAACAGUAUGAUAAAUAUGGAUAUGAAAGUGUGAAAUAUAAUUGA